GAAGCAGAGCAUGCUAGAGGAGGAGAGAGAGGUGGGAAGGUAGAGGUAGGUAGACACAGAGAGAUGCAGUGCUACAGAGAGCGUGUCCGCAAGGCUGUCUGCUGCACACCUCUUCAUCCUCUCGUCGGGGACAGUAAUGUGUUAUGGAGCUACAAUGCACAGAUUCACUGCAGGAACAUGGAAUGCAGAUAGAAGUUCACCUUGAGGUGGAGUUCACCAAUACCACUGUGGACAUUUUGGGAUUGCAACAAACACUCGCUGACUGUUUAAGCCAGAACAACAGAGAUUUAAUGAGGCCUGACAACCUACCAAAGAAAAAGUGGCUCAAGAAUCUCUAACUUGCAGAUUAGACUUGUACCAGAACAUCUGACAGUUAGGCUCUAAACUAUCGAAUUGUGGCCAGAAAUCAAACAGGAUUUUGGUUUGUCAGAUGCUUGCAGCUGUCACCAAACCUGACAGCACACAGAUCCAACACUGUGGCAUCCACAACUCACGCUGGAACCACGCAAAGCCUCUAGCAAGCAGGUGCUGCAGCCCAGGAGCCCUGGAGCCAGCCUGACCUUGGACCGGUUGUCACCUGAACCCCUCCUGGCACAAGCAGAAACGUCCAGUAUGUCUCAGACCGGAGGACGGCUCCACAACAAAAAGGCUGGCAUUCGUGCUGCGGUCAUUUUGAUCGGACUCCUGCACAAAUCUCGCAAGGCCAAGGAGAAGGAGAAGGAGAGGGAGAAAGAGGAGAGCGAAGGGAAGCAGGAGCUGCUAAACAUCUCCACCGUCCCUUUGGGAGAAUGUCCCCCUUCACCGCCCCGCACUGCACCACCCAGCAUGAAGUCUGCAGAGUUCUUUGAUAUGCUGGAGAAGAUGCAGGUCCCUAAAGCUGAAGAGCCCAAAAAAUGGAAGGAUGACUAUAUCCCCUACCCACGGAUAGAAGAUGUCCUGGAGAAGGGCGGUCCAUAUCCCCAGGUAAUCCUGCCACAGUUUGGGGGUUACUGGAUUGAGGAUGUGGAGGCACCAGCAGAGACCCCCUCCUCGGAGUCCAGUUUCUGUGAGGAGGAGGAGGAUGGCGAUGAGGCCACAAGUCCUGGUGGAGGGCACAAUUACCGCUUAGAGUGUAACAGCACAGCCCGCGCCUACCGCAAACACUUUUUAGGCAAGGAACAUAUGAACUACUACUGCACUGGCAGCAGCAUAGGCAACCUCAUUAUGUCUCUGAAACACGAGGAGGCUGAUGGCCAGGAGUGUCUACGCAUCAUGCUCAGGUCAAGGGCCAAAACAGUCCAUGACAGGAUCUCACUAGCAGGUAUCAACCAGUUGCCCAGCGUACCUCAGAUUGCCAAGCUUUUUUGUGAUGAUGCCACUGGGCUAAAGUUCAACCCAGUCCUGUACCCUCGGGGAUCCCAGUUGAUAGUGGCUUAUGACGAACACGAGGUGAACAACACCUUCAAGUUUGGAGUCAUCUAUCAGAAGUUUGGACAGACAUCAGAGGAAGAAUUAUUUGGAAACAAUGAGGAGACACCGGCUUUUAAGGAGUUUCUCGGUAUUCUAGGCAACAACAUUGAACUUCAGGACUUUAAAGGGUUUCGUGGUGGGCUGGAUGUGUCCCAUGGUCAGACGGGGACUGAAUCUGUCUACACUGUCUUCAGACAGAGAGAGAUUAUGUUCCAUGUGUCAACCAAGCUUCCCUUCACUGAGGGAGACAUCCAGCAGCUCCAGAGGAAAAGGCACAUAGGAAAUGACAUUGUGGCUGCAGUCUUCCAGGAAGAGCCCACACCAUUUGUUCCGGACAUGAUUGCCUCCAACUUUCUGCAUGCUUACGUGCUGGUACAGGCCGAGAAUCCAUGCACAGAGCACACAACAUACAAGGUGUCUAUUACAGCAAGGGAGGAUGUACCUCCUUUUGGACCCCCUCUCCCAAACCCAGCUGUUUUCAAGAAGGGUCCUGAGUUUCGAGACUUCCUCCUGACAAAACUAAUCAAUGCUGAAAAUGCCUGCUACAAAUCUGACAAAUUCGCCAAACUAGAGGGGCGAACGAGAGCUGCGCUGCUGGACAACCUCCAUGACGAGCUGCACAGACAGAGUCAAGCCAUGCUGGGCCUGGGCCAGAUAGGAGAGGAGGACAAGCUGGAGAACGGGGGUCAUGGUGGUCUGCUAGAGUCCUUCAAGAGAGCCAUGCGUGUAAGGAGCCACUCCAUGGAGACCAUGGUGGGGCCUCACCGUCACAGGAGCCCUGGGGUGGGGGGCGGGGUACCAGCCAGCAUGAGUGGAGGAGGACUGCCACAGACCACCGGUGAAUGCACAAAGAGCACCUUCACUCCUCCUGUGUUGUCAGCCAAGUCUCCUCUGAAGAGCCCAGUGAAACGACGCUCAGGCCUCUUCCCUCGUCUUCACUCCAGCACAGAAACCCCAUCCGAUAAACACACCCGCGGUGACCAAAAGCCUGCAGAGAUCUGCCCGCUGUCCCAAGACAUCAGAUCAGAGACACUAUCCAAUCCUAGCUCCCCUGAGAUCUGCCCCAACAAAGAGAGGCCAUUUAUCAAGACAAAAGAGUGCAGCAGCAGCAGACCAAACAUAUCUCGUUCUUCAUCCAGCACCAGUAGCUUCAGCAGUACCACAGGAGAAACUGAAGCUCUGGAAGAACUAGAGACAGCUACCCACCCCUCUAUAGCUUCCUCCUCAGCCUUUAGUCCUUCUCUUAGUGUGGACAGCCAGGGAUCAGGCAUCCCUGUCAUCAUGUGUCGGAGUCCAACAGAUGGGAAGAAUAAAACAUCACCGAGGUCAAGCUUAAAGUUCCGCUUUGACAAAAUGAGCCAACCAUCUGCAACUUCUGAGUAGCUUUGUGGAAUGGAACAAAACAGCUUUGCACAACAAAAGGACAGUACAGGUUGACGGAGCUGCAAAAGAAAACAAAUCACCACAAAAUCUCUGUAGAACCACUUUCUGAAGCCAAGGAUAAUCUGACAAGAUUACCAGCUAACCAAGAGUUCCCUCUCACUAGAAAAUAACUGAAAAUACUGUGAGCGUAUAUAGAGGAGAAACAACUGACAUGUUAUAUACAGUAUAUUUUAACCAACCUUUAGCUACAAAAAUUAGUCAGUGUUACAAGUUGCUGCAUCUCAGUUGUUAAUUGUUCACAUCACACAAAGGUCUUGGAAUGGCUGUGAUACUGUGAGUGUAGGCUGAGCUAAAUCAAAUCAAAUCAAAUUUUAUUUGUAUAGCGCCAAAUCACAACAAAAGUCAUCUCAGGACACUUUAC